AUGCUCGAUCAUUUGGAAAUUGUGGGGGCGCUACUGGAAGGGGCCAAGCGCGCAGAUGUUAAUAUGGGAGACUGGAACGCACCGCUGAUGUGGGCAAUGCACGCGGACAUGGGCGCAGGAGUUUUGGAACCAGGAGGAUUCGCGGCGUGGAGAGCUCGCCAGUUUACUGCAGGUGAACCGCCAUUAUAUGAGGUACUCCUUCCAGGCCUCUACCAACGACGCGACGAGUCUGAAGACUUUACACGUAAUUGGCCAGCAAGUUUCAUGCGAUCAAUUGUGACGGGCAAUGUACAAGGCACACAAAACUUCCUCCGGUACGGUGCCGACGUGAAUGUCGUAUGCAGUUAUCGCCUGUUGCGUCGAGCGAAAGUCCCUAUCAAGCCCUGGUCUAAAUUGCAAACGCCACUCAAUGUCGCAGCUAACAUUGGAAAUGACACUUUGGUGUUAAUAUUGCUGGAUUACGGGGCUAAAAUAAACGGAGUGCACGACCAGAAUUGGUUCUUCCGUAAAUUAACCCAGCCCCCUAUCAUGGAUGCUCUAUUAUCAGGACAUCUAAGUACCGUUCGACUUCUACUUGAAAAUGGCUCAGAUAUUCAAAGCAGCUAUAUUAAGGCUGGCCAACUAGUCUGGUAUGCGGUUGAUACAGGCCAGUUGAAGAUGCUCCAGCUCCUGAAGGAGUUCGGAGCUGAUCUGGGCAUCGCUCGUGAUGGCGUGUAUCCCCUACAUAAGGCAGCCGAGUCAAGAGAAAUCUCGACGGAUAUAGUACGGUUCCUACUUGAUAAUGGCGCAACAUUCACUGAUUCAGAUCAUGGUCUUGGGGGAUUUAUAAUGAACGUCUUGGACAUGGGGACCAUCGAUACUGCUCGGCUGCUGCUAGAACACGGAGAGGUAUUUCCCCAGAAUAAACUAUACUGGGCUAUUCUUUGCGGAACACCUGACUUUAUCCUGCUGCUCAUUGAAUACGGUCACAAGCCCGAUAUCGAGUGGCUCAAGGAGGCUAUAUGGAGUCUACGGCUCGACCUGUUGCAGCUACUCAUAGAGAGUAUUGGUUUCGGUCUCAGGGACGCUAGAGGAUCCACAAUCCUGCAUCAUGCGGUAGAGCGGUGUAGGUACAAAUACUUCGGGCGUGGAACAGCGUAUGUAACAUGGGGACUCACUGCACCGACGUCACUUCUACGCCGGACCGAAAUCAUUGGCCCUCAAACAGUAUCACCUCCAUGUACUAUCCAGGGCAACUCUAAGUAUACUGCGGAAGACGUUCUGCGCUAUCUCAUCCAAAUUGGGGCGGAGGUUAAUGCUGCAGAUAAUGAAGGUCGGACCCCGCUCGAUCUAGCCAGAAAAUACGCCCCGAAUGUGGAGCAGAUGCUUAUAGAUAGCGGUGCUACAUCAUUUAGCAACGGCGAAAAGCGAUGA